ACCUCACACAAUGAUCAGAAAGGGAGUUACUGAGAGUUUUGGGGCAGCAGUCUCCAGUCUGAACACAUCUCAUCUGACCGAUGAAGUGAUAAGGAGGAGCAAGCGAAUGAUACUGGACACGCUGGGAGUGGGAUUGCUUGGAACCAGCACCCCAGUCUUUAACACAGUACUUCAGUGCAGCCAAAGGCAGCAAGCAUUGGAAGACAGCAAGGUCUGGGGAAGACCAGGAUUAUCUCUUCCACCUCAGUAUGCUGCCUUUGUUAAUGGGGUUGCGGUGCACUCUAUGGACUUUGAUGACACCUGGCAUCCAGCCACUCACCCCUCUGGUGCUGUGUUGCCAGCUGUUCUGGCACUGGCUGAAACUCUGCCUGUUAAACCCUCUGGCCUGGAGCUGUUGCUGGCUUUCAAUGUAGGCAUAGAGGUUCAGGGGAGACUCCUGAGGUUUUCUAAAGAGGCACACAACAUUCCCAAAAGAUUUCACCCGCCUGCAGUUGUUGGGGUUAUGGGCAGUGUGGCAGCUACGGCUAAACUUUUGGGUCUCUCAGCGGCCCAGAGCAUAGCAGCUCUAGCGAUAGCCUGCUCAUCUGCUGGAGCGCCCAUGGCAAAUGCUGCGACUCAAACCAAACCUCUCCACAUGGGCAAUGCUGCCCGAGGGGGUCUGGAGGCCACCCAACUCGCUCUCCUCAGCCUUGAGGGUAACACACAGAUUCUGGAUCUGGAAUCAGGCUUCGGGGCCUUCUAUCCAGAUUAUGUCCCUCACCCACUGGCUGAGGUCACCCCUACUUCUCAUUACAGGUGGGUGUUAGAAGACCAGAACAUUGCACAGAAGCGCUUUCCCGCCCAUCUCGGGAUGCACUGGGUGGCAGAUGCAGCAAUAGAAGCAAGGGCGAAAUUUCUGGACAAAUGCCCAAAUGCAGAUCUCAGUCAAAUCAAGAAGAUCACUCUCAGAGUGCCCACAUCCAGAUAUGUAGACUGCCCUCUUCCAGUUAGCGAGCACCAGGCCAGACACUCUUUCCAGUUCAACUGCUGUACCGCACUGCUGGAUGGAGAGGUCACUGUCGAGUCCUUCAGCAAAAGCCAGAUGAACAGGAGUGCCCUAAAGGAGAUGCUUCUGAAAGUACAGCUGGAAAAUCCACAAGACAAUCAUUCGAGCUUUGAAAAGAUGUAUUGCGAAAUUGCAGUGGAGACAACACAGGGGGAAAUGUUUACUGCGCGCUGCAACACGUUUUACGGUCACUGGAGGAAACCUCUUAGUCAUGAGGAUCUGGUGAGGAAGUUCAGGGCUAAUGCUUCGACUGUGCUGCGCGCUGAGGUCGUGGAGGGUAUUAUUUACACUGUAGACCAUCUGGACACAAACCAAGACUGUUCAAUGCUUUGGUCAUACAUGCACUUUAAUAAGCACAUGAUGCAUAGAGAUGAGCGUCACUCCUCAGCUUUGGCCUGAAUGAUUGUGUACUGUGGCAUCAAUUUAGGCUAAUAGAAAGUAUGUUGUUGAACCAUGUGUUAUAUUGAAACCUGUCAUGACUUUAGUUUCGAUGUAGUUCCUAGCAAACUUUUGAUGGUGAAUAUGAUACAUGUGUAAAUGCUGAUGAGGUAAAAGCAUGAGAACCACUGUGGUAUUGUGACUUAAAUCUUGCAUUUUGUAUUCCAACCAAAUUGUUACAAGUUAUUUACUCACCAAAACCAACUUUCAUUUGGUGAUUGGCAAGUAUUUAUUAUGGACCUUGGCUAUAUAUUUGAUAUGCAUUUUGAAUGUAUUCUGGCUAACCUACAGUAUUUCUGCAAUGUCAGAUUUUUUUUUUUUUUCCAAAUACAGAAUUAAGUAAUAGAGCUCUUUCAUCAGAUGUAGUUUUUUUCCCCAGAAAGUGGCGAGUAAGUUCCUCUCACUUGUCAAACUGAAAGUGAAGAGAGAAUACAGCUUUGUUCAUUUUCACAUUUCUGAAUGAAAGGUUUCACGUCAUUUACCUCUUUUGUUUUUACAUCACUGUUUUCUGUUCUGUAUUUUCUAUUCCAUGUUGAAAUUACCUUUGUUGUAUAUUUGUUGUUUAUCUAAUAAAGUCAUUUACG